AUGAUGAAAGGGGAAAAUGACACCAGAGAAGGCACGGUGGAGAAACAGAUUUUGAAGAUGUCAGGGAGGCACUCAGGUCAAGCUGUUGCUGGAGCAGGAAAUGAGGAGGGCUCUCCUACUGUCAACGUCAAGUACUCCAGCUUCAGAGACUUCUGUUCCACAUCUUCAUUUCAAGACAGUGGCUACAGUGAGCUGUUAAAAUCAUGCAGCUUUGAGAAUACAGAUAAAGAAUUUUUUGGAAAGAAAGCAAGAAGCUCAACAUUAAUCCAUGAACAUCCUGAAACUUCAAGUCUGGCCUUAACACAUAGUUUAGAGUCUCCUAUUCAACAAGAGCGAUUUGUCUUCCCUAAGGAGGAAAAGGAUAAAACCCCAGAACUUUGUGAAACUCCUAAAAUCAGUGGGAGAACGUUUUUACCACGCAGAAGGUUGGACAUAUCUUUCUCUCUUCUGAAGGCAGAUUUUGAAUCACAAAAUAGUUCUCUCGAAAGUAGUGCAAGCCAAGUUCCUAAUUUAGAAAACAAAUUUCCAAGCAGUGCUUCAGCUUUUCCAAGGCGAAAUAAUUUUAGUUCUUUAGUCACUAGCGCUUCAAAAACAGAAGAAGCGACUUCCAGCAGUCAAAAAUUGAGACUUAAUUUUUCUCAACAGAAGUCUUCCACAGUUGAUGAUUCCAAAGAUAACUGUGGCCUAUUUGAGGUUGAAUGUAUAUCUCCGAUUCAGGGCAAUAGUUUUAAAGACUCUAUCACACAUGACUUUAGCGAUAGCAGUCUGUGUGGUAAUGAUGAGAAUACAUAUCCGGAACUUCUGGGCUCCUCCGCUGGUGGAACAACUUGUGAAACAGAUGAGGACAUAUUUGUGACUCCAAUAAGUAAUCUUGUAGCAAAUGUUAAAUUUAAUGCAAGUCAAACUGAAGCUAGACGCAAUAUUUCAACACCUGAAGACAGUGGUUUUAACUCACUUUGCUUGGACAAAUCAGAAGAUUCCCUCUCUGACCAAGAGGGUUCUUUUCAAGACCUACUUCAGAAAUAUAAGGGAAAUCUAAAAGCUGGGGACACCAUAAAAAAGUCAAGGCGUCUAAGAAGGUUGAGAAGACUGUCCACCCUUCGGGAGCAAGGCUCACAGUCUGAGACAGAAGAAGAGAAGCAGAUCAGCCACUCCGGCUCUGAAACAACACCAGCAGCUGCUUCAGAUACCUCAGAGGGUCAGCCCAGCAGUGACUGUAAGGGCAGGGAUUUGAGUUCAAGCUUUAAGAGUUUAUCAAAGACCCCAGCCUUGCAGUUAGUGCAUGAGCUCUUUAUGAAAAGCAAAAGAAAGAGAUUCCAGCAAAAUGGUGCACGUGGACUGUUAGAAGAAAGAGACGAGGGAAAAAUAGCUGCUCUACAACGUGUGCUUGCAGGACUGAUCGGGAAGAAAAUGGGUAUAGAAAAACUGGACAUCUUAACAGAAUUAAAAUACAGAAAUUUAAGGCAUAUUCUUGCUAUGGUUUUAGAUUCCUUGACUGCAGAAAGCCUAUGCAGUGUUUGGAAAGUGAGCAGAAAUUGGCGUGAAAUUAUUGCUCAAGAUAAAAAAGCAAAUCAGAGGAGGAAAUUUCAUAUCACACGACUGAAAGCAGAUUCCGAGGGGGCUGUAUUAAAUGUUGAGGAUGCUGCCACUCGGCUCCAUCUUUUAAAUCGAGCGGCUUUAAGGUCUGUGCAAGCACAGGCUAGGACACCAGGUUUUCAGAAAGAACAAGUUUCAACGUUUUCUCCUUGGGGAGACGUUUUGACACCUAUAGCAAGCUCUUCUGUUACUCACUUAAAUAGUAAACAGGAAGAAUAUGUUAAGGUUGCCAAAACACUUUUUAUUGAUGAAGCAUUAAAACCUUGCCCAAGGUGCCAAUCCCCUGCUAAGUACCAGCCUUAUAAGAGAAGGGGACUGUGUAGCCGCACAGCCUGUGGUUUUGACUUUUGUGUGUUAUGUUUGUGCGCUUAUCAUGGGUCUGAAGAAUGUAGCAGAGGAGCAGCAAAGCCAAGAAACAGAAAAGAUGCUCUUCCAGGAAGUGCCCAGAGUAAGCGGAAUUUAAAACGCCUCUAA